ACCAGUUAGUUUUCAGUGUUGAGUAAUUCAACAGUCUGUGCUCAUUUUGUUGUGAACAAUUUUUGUUAAUUUUUUAAUUUGAUUUGCGAGGGUCGUGCGAACGAGGCAACGGACAUCGCACGGACGCGGAAUCGGAAGUGCGAUCCUGCAGCAUGCGCCAGGACACAUAGGCAGCAGUAGAAGACCAAGCGCACUUGGAGUUACCUAGAAAUGACAAUGGGCGAGCCAACCACGUCUCUUGUUCUGCCUGUCAUACUGCGGCCCAUUUUCUCCCAGCUCGAGCGACGCGACGUAGGCGCUGCCCAAUCUUUACGCUCCGCCAUUCUCAAGUCGGAGCAGAAUAAUCCGGGCUUCUGCUAUGACCUUGUCGCCACAAUUGUUCGGCGGGCCGAUCUGAACGUAAAUUUGAACGAGGCAGUGCUCCGAUUGCAGGGAAACAUUACGGAAGCGGACCUUAAUGAAUACCGCUUGACUCGCACAGAAGAGCCCUUCCAGGAACUCAAUCGCAAGUCCGUGGCACUCAAGGUUAUCCUCAGCCGCAUACCCGACGAGAUAAACGACAGGAAGACAUUCCUGGAGACCAUCAAGGAAAUCGCCAGCGCCAUAAAGAAACUGCUCGAUGUGGUCAACGAGAUCGGCUCGUUCAUACCGGGCGUCACGGGUAAGCAGGCUGUGGAGCAGCGAAAGAAGGAGUUUGUCAAAUAUUCCAAGAAGUUCAGCACAACGCUGAAGGAGUACUUCAAAGAAGGACAACCGAAUGCAGUAUUCAUAAGUGCACUUUUUCUAAUACGGCAAACGAAUCAAAUAAUGCUGACAGUUAAGAGUAAAUGCGAGUAGAGAAUUAAAACCUUUAAUUAUGGCAAA